CUCCCUCUAUUGAGAUGCUAUUUUUAGCAAAUCCUACUCGUGUCGCCACGGGCUGUGAUCACAUCUUUCUCUCCCCGUUUCUGCCUCCCUCCCAUCCUCAGCCAUCCCUUUCCCUCUCUGUCUGCAGAUUUGAAAACAUCACUGGCAGCGCUCCCCGGCGACUCAGCACUCAUGUAACCUGCACGGGCAGCGAGCACGGCGUCAACUUUCUUCUGCUUUGUGUUGUACGCUUCCUGGCAGCCUCCUUUCUGAGGAUGGAUGGUCUGGAUGAGCGGCCAACUUCUCCGAGCAGCUACUGAAUGAGCAGCAAGAUCCUGCUUUUCAGUUACAAACCACUGAAAUACAUUCCUAUCAGAUCUGGGAUCUCUAUCAAACAGCUGGUCGGCAUGUCUUCUCCAACCAUGAGCACCACAACACAGUCAGAUGGGGUAUCUGGACGGGAGAAGCUCCUGGCACAGCACAGAAUGCACAGCAUGAUCAGUCCAGAUGUGAAGACUGAAGUCCCAGUAGGUUUGGACCCCAUCACACCACUGGACCUACGGACAGAUCUAAGGACAGUCAUGCCUAUGUUAGAUCCUAGCUUACGAGAGAAGCAGCUGCAGCAAGAGCUUUUACUGAUUCAGCAGCAACAGCAGAUUCAGAAACAGCUGCUCAUUGCCGAGUUUCAGAAGCAGCAUGAAAACCUCACAAGACAACACCAAGCCCAGCUGCAGGAGCACCUCAAGUUACAGCAAGAACUUCUAGCAAUGAAACAAAAACAAGAGAUCUUAGAACGGGAGAAAGAGCACAAAAUGGAACAACAGAGACAGGAACAAGAAGCAGAAAGGCAUCGCCGCGAGCAACAGCUGUCUCACCCUCGCAGCAAGGACAGAGCAAAAGAGCGAGCCGUUGCCAGCACUGAAGUCAAGCUGAAACUACAGGAAUUCCUUCUGAGUAAAUCUGCCACAAAAGAUUCCUAUACAAACGGAAACAGUCAUUCCAUAGGCCGCCACCCAAAGCUUUGGUACACGGCAGCACAUCAUACUUCAUUGGAUCAAAGCUCUCCUCCAUUAAGUGGGACCUCUCCAUCAUAUAAAUGUCCUCUUCCUGGAGCACAUGAUUGCAAAAACGACUUUCCUUUGAGAAAAACCGCUUCAGAGCCCAAUUUGAAAGUUCGCUCUCGAUUAAAACAGAAGGUAGCAGAGAGGAGAAGUAGCCCUUUACUAAGAAGAAAAGAUGGCAGUGUUACCAGUUCAUAUAAAAAGAGAAUAUUUGAAGUGGCAGAGUCUUCAGUUAGUAGCAGCUCUCCAGUAUCUGGACCCAGCUCUCCAAAUAACGGCCCAGUUAACAUGGGUGUGGAGAAUGAAAACUCAGCAUCACCAUCCAGCUCACAUGUCGAGCACUUGGUUUCCCAACAACAUAUAGUUCAUCAUGAAAAGUCGAUGAAUCUGCUAAGUCUUUACACAUCUCCAUCAUUACCCAACAUUACUCUAGGACUUCCAGCAGUAGCUCCCCAACUCAGUGCCUCAUCUUCAUUAAAAGAGAAACAAAAGUACGAGCCUCAGGCACCCAGGCAGGGGGUGUCACUGCCUGGAUCGUAUGGAGGAGCCCUGCCUGUUUCUUCAGCUCAUGCAUCCCUGGAGAGCAAGACCAACAGCAGCCACCAGGCCUUACUGCAGCACUUACUGCUAAAAGAACAGUUGCGACAACAAAAGAUUUUAGCUACAGGUAGUGCUGCAAUUCUUCACCAAUCUCCACUUACAGCAAAAGAGCGGGUUUCUCCGGCGGGCAGGGUGGCGCACAAACUUCCUCGGCACCGGCCACUGCACAGAACACAGUCGGCUCCGCUGCCUCACAGCACUUUGGCCCAGCUUGUCAUUCAGCAGCAGCACCAGCAGUUUUUGGAGAAGCAGAAACAAUAUCAGCAACAAAUCCAAAUGAACAAAAUGCUUUCAAAAUCAAUCGAACAACUCCGCCAGCCUGGAAGCCAUCUAGAGGAAUCGGAGGAAGAACAGCAUAGUGAUUAUCUGAUGCAAGAAGAGAAGGUGUCCUCCUCGGCUUACAUACGAAGUUACAGCAGUACUGACAUCAGAACUGACCACCUCAGACCUGUGAAGGUGAAGGAGGAGCCACCGGACAGUGAUGACGAAAGCCAAAUGCCACAUGAAUCUAUUCACAAAAUGGCUUUUGUGCAACAGUUCUCGGACCAUCAGCGUAUCAACCAAUUUCAAGUCUACCAGGCUCAGAUGGAUACAGUUGGCAUGGCAGGAUUAGAAAAACAUCGGCCUGUGUCCAGAACCCAGUCUUCCCCUGCUGCUUCAUCGUUACCUCAGCCUACUGCAGACCAGCCUGUCAAGCAUGUCUAUGAGACUGGUAGGACUCCCUGAAGACCUAAUUUAAUAGGCAGGAUAAAUUCACUGUUCUUGUAGGAUCAACUGAUUUAAAUGCUUAGAAUAUCUCCAGUAGCUGAACAUUCAUCCUCCAUCUCUUUUGGCUGGAUAUUUUGAGACAUUGUGACAGCCAACAUGGCUGAUAAAUCAGAAGCCGUACAUUCACAUACUCAUAAAUCACUGCUAUCAUUGAAGGCUUUUGCCAAAAUAUCAACAGGUGCACUUAUGGGUAUUUAUAGUUUUAUUGUUGAUGGCUUGGACUUCCCACGUUCAGCAUUUCAGAUCACAUCACAAAAUGCGAAUUUCAAAAUCGCAUUUGAAAGAAAAGAUUAUGUUUGCAGCAGCUGUGACUUUGACAAAGAAUGAUCACUUCACCACAUUUUAGAGACACACCAUGAAUACGAAUAUAUAAAGUCUUUAUGUAGUAUUUAAUCAGGGCUUGGGGUUACCUUUGAUCAGACUAAGAACUACAAGACCUCAGUGCAAGACUUAACUUCAUAUGUAAUCCUAUCUUAGGAACUGUAUAAACGGCAGUUUAUUUUAUAGUAAGCAGCAUUAUAGAAAUGUAAUCGGUUGCAUACAUUCAUCUAUGUAUAUACUGAGUUGCUACAAUAGGAAUUAUAGACAGGCUACUAUUCACAAUAUCCCAAUUGACAAAUAGGAGACAGCCACCAUUUAAUUCUAUCAAAUCAUUUCAUAAUUGAGCCAGUUAAAGCACUGAUUAUUUUAAGACCCCUUUCACACUGGAGGCAUUAUUUAGGUGCUUUAGCGCUAAAGAUAG